GGAGAAGUAAAGUGAAGUGAAGCACAGGUGGAAGAGGUCGAAUCGAAUCGAAGUUUCGGACAGUUUUGCUCGAGCGAGGCUACGCCCGUCGGCAAGAUUCUGUCUCCCAGGUAUCGGGCGAGUCCUGGGGUGGCGACAGAGGCACCCGCGGGUGCCCGUAGCCCGAAGGAACCACCUACGUGCAUGACCGUGAUGACCGUCCACCACCACCAGAACCACCACGUGGCGGCACGUAGCGGCGUCACCGUGGCGAGCGGCAACAACGGCCUCAACCUGACCAGGAUGUCCGGCCUCGAGGCCCACAGGCUGGAGAACAUGGUGGAGAGGAACGGGGUGAGCGUGGAACGGCUGUCGAACGGGCUCGACGCCAGGAACAACAAUCACAACAACGGGCUGGAGCGAGGGGACCACCACCACCACCACCACCACGCGUCCUCGACCACCAUGCCCCAGAGGUCUAGAUUCAUGAUCACCGACAUCCUCGGCGGCGCGUCCAGCAAGAUGCACCACCAGGCCACCCUCCAGAACCCCCAAGAGCCACCGGCCAGCCCCCCGUCCACGCCCAGGGACCUCAGCGUCAGGCACCAGUCCAGGACAUCGUUGAACAACAGCAACCUCGACGAGGACAGCGACGCCAGCCACCACGAUGCCGCUUCCGUCACUUCCAACGGUGGUAAGGAGGACGAUCCGAAGAGUUCCUCGUCGAGCACGCUGAGCUCGGCGCAGAGCAAGAAGCAGAGGAAGGCGCGCACGGCUUUCACGGAUCAUCAGCUCCAGACCCUCGAGAAGAGUUUCGAGCGGCAGAAAUAUCUGAGCGUGCAGGACAGGAUGGAGCUUGCGGCCAAGCUGCAACUGACCGACACCCAAGUCAAGACGUGGUACCAGAACAGAAGAACGAAGUGGAAGAGGCAAACGAUCGUGGGCUUCGAGAUAAUGGCGGAGAACAAUUUCGCGGUGGCGGCGUUCCAGCAGCUGUACGGAAGCGGGGCGGCGGCCGCGGUCCCCGCGCAUCCCGCCGCGGGACGAUACUGGCCCUACCCGAGCGCGCACGCGUUGCCCGCGAACGGCCUCUUCUACCAGCAAGCGUCCGCUGCCGCCGUCACGCUGCAGAAGCCCCUUCCGUACAGGCUCUACCCGCCGACCAUGAUCCUGGCCGGGCCCAGCAACCCCCUCGGAUCGUUGACGGCGAGCUCGAGCCUGUCCAACCUGAGCAACUACUACAGGGACAGCCCCCCCGAGAUGGGCGAGGGGAGGGAGAGGGAGGGAAGGCAGCAGCAGCAGAGGGACAGAAGCAAGAGUCCGCCGCCCGUUUUGGGGGACAGGUCGCCGAUGAUGAAGGAGGAGAGGCUGUACGCGGCUGCCACGAUGGCGGUGCAGCAGGCAGGGGCGAGCGGCGCGAGCCUUGGAACGCUCACGGCCAGCUCCAGCCUGUCCAACCUGAGCAACUAUUACAGGGACAGUCCGGAGGACGGGCGGGAGGGGAUGAGCAGGGGGUCGAGGCAGAGGGAGAGGAGCAAGAGCCCUGGCGGGCUGAGGGAGAGGUCGCCGAUGUGCAAGGAGGACGCGAGGCUGUAUCCACCGGCGAUGCUCCAGGCUGGGCCCAGCAACGCCAUAGCCUCGUUGACGACCGGGUCGGGGAUGCAGGGUGGUUUGGGCGGUUAUUACAGGGACAGUCCGGACAUUAUGGAGGGAAGGGAGAGGGAACAUUUGAGCAGGGCGGCGUUGAGGCAGAGGAGCGCGAGCCGGUCCCCGAAGAGGGAGGACAGCCCUCAGAGCAUAAGGGCGGACAGUGACGACGAGAGUAUACACGAUAUCUAGGGUACGGGUGGCGACGAGGAGGGUGGAAAGUAAUGGCUGUUGUUCCGUUGUUGUUUGUUGUUGUUGUUGUUGUUGUCGUUUGCAUCGACGAGAUCGACGAGGAGAGGUAAAACGAGAACAUCGAGGAUGGAAGGAGAUCCUUUCUUUUUUUUUCCUCUUCUCUUUCCUUUCUUUUCUUUCUUUUUCAUCGUGGAAAGUUGUGCGUGCGCGCGCGUGUGUGAUAUCUCGAAAAAAAAAAAUGUUCGAGUCUUUCUAUUAUGUUGUUAGAGGCAGCCAACCGACGAGACGAAGUCUUUUCGAAGAAGAAGACACGCGGUGAUUUUGUAGCAAUUACUCCGAUCUAAACUGACCCGACUACUAUCUUGCGUAACCGCCAACGAAUGAAUGCAAUGGAGAGAGAGAGAGA